AUGCUUGUUGGAAUUCUUCUCUACAUUUUUCCCGUGCUGUCGUUCAAAAAAAAGAUCUUUAGAAUACAGGAGAAGACCUCAAUGUUUAUGCCUGCCGUUGAUGAUGAUGGAACAAGCCACCGCUAUGAUUUAUUUGGCGACUGUGUGGCAACCACGUACAGUUCAGCAUCCACAUAUCUCAAACUGGGAUUUAACGGUGUUCCUUCACGUGCGGGAAUAAUUACAAAAUCGCCCAUUGACGGCAAAUCGUUCAGAAUCGAUGUGCGAUUAACGAUCAAUAAGGGAACGCGCUCUGAUGGAAUAGCGUUUUGGAUUGGAAAAGACUCUACUUAUGAAACGGGGCCUGUAUUUGGUCGAAAGGGCGGUAAAGGACUGCUUAUAGCGAUCGUAACCAAAAAUGAUGUCCCCUACAUCGGGAUCAGCGUAGGCGACCACAGCACGUUUAGCAAUUUUAAUCGGACGGAGGAACUUACCAAGAACAUUUUUGAUGAGCAGUUCACGCUGCGAAUCACGUUUGAUCAGGUGCUUGUUGUUUCGCUCGGUAAAGGCGAUAAAUUCAAGGAUGUUUUCAAGAUAUCCGAUUAUGAGCUUGGGACGGAGAGCUUUUUUGCUGUUAGUGUCAAUAAUUCUACCGGAUACAGCGAUUUUAAGCUACAUGCAAUCAGGCACUCAACCAUCGAGUACCCCGUUUUCAAGGAUUUGGAUGAGAAGCGAACUGGUGGCGGCAAAUGGGUGUGGCUCCUUUUCUUGGUGGUUAUAGCUGUCAUAGCAUUCAUUCUUUACAAGAAGCAGACGCGUAAAGGCAGGUAAAUCGUUUAUUGUAGCAAUCAUUUUUGGAUAGCAGUUCCGUAUUUCGCGAGUGCUGGGUAUUUUCGUUCAUCUGUGUCAAAAUUGAUGUAUUAGGUUCUUGUAAAAUCCUUUUUUUAUUUUUUCUAUUCGAUGUUCUCAGUACAAGCGAAUCAACAGUGAAAACAGCUGAGUGCAUAAGGAUAGCUUCAUCGCGAUCCACUGAACUAAUUUUUUGUAUUUUGAAUCACUUAAACAGUAAAAUAAUUAUUUAUUGCG